AUGAACACUUAUUCAAAACGCUGCAGCUCCAGUGAGGACAGCUUUGAGUUACGGGGUAGCACAAGGUCAGAAGCUAAAAGCUUUUUUAAAAGCAAAAAUAAGGAUGAAGGCUAUCGACCCCAUCGAUCAAAGCACUGUCAGAAAGGGGGUGAAAAAACCCACGAACUGGAACACUCUUCUCUAUAUCCAGCAGAAGUGGGAAACGCAAGCCAAAAGCUGCAGAGGCAGAAGAAGACUCAAAAGAAAAGCAGUUCCUCUGCAUCUGAUUUGAGCUUGGUGAGUCAAGGAUCAUCAAGUUCACUGUCUGUUGUGGAAGAAAAAAUAGAAGCUAAACUCAAAUUCUCUCAAUUUAUUAAUGAAGUUACUUUCAGAGUGCUUGAUCCCAUGAGCCUCAGGGCAUAUCGAGCUGCUAAACUGAAAAACACCUUUCCAUCCAGUGUGAGAAGCCUAGAUGAUUUGCAUAUUAAGAGAAAGUCUUCUGAAAGCUGGAAAGAGAACAUUCUAGAUGGGAAAACCCAUGAAGAGGUAGACUUAGAGAGUCUGAGAAGUGACGACAUUGUGGCGGGAGCACGAACACGCAAAUUAGAGAAAUCCUUGUCCCUGGAUACAAGUGCCUCUCUCAGGUCACUUGAUAAUGGUGCCUCAUGCAGAAAAAGAUCUGGAUUGCCUGUAGAAAUCAUGAUUUCUCAAAGCAAAGAAAUGCCAGCCACAAAAUCUGCAUCUCUGCCUAGAAGUACAAGCAUGGCCUCUGCGGCAGAGAUGGAGAAAAUAAGGGUACGAAAUUCCUGGGUGCCAACCUGCCUAUGGCAACCUAGAAUUCUCCAGGGCAGGCUCGCAAAAUCUUCACCUACUCUCUGGGACAGUACUUUGCAAGAACAGAAGGGGGAAUUACGAAAGCGUCUAUCUUACACUACCCAUAAGCUGGAAAUGCUUGAAACGGAAUUUGAUUCUACACGUCAGUAUCUUGAAAUAGAAUUGAGACGUGCUCAGGAGGAACUUGAAAAAGUGACUGAAAAACUGAGAAGGUUAGUGAUUAGUCCCUUGAAGACAUAUCAUAUUGGAAGCCCAAAAUAUUUUACGAGGAUACAAAACAAUUACCUAGCCUUACAAAGAAUUAAUCAGGAUCUGGAGGAUAAACUUUAUAGAAUGGGUCAACAUUACGAAGAGGAAAAGCGAGCAUUGAGCCAUGAAAUAAUUGCACUCAAUAAUCACUUAAUAGAGGCCAAGGUGACAAUAGAUAAGUUGUCAGAAGACAAUGAGCUCUAUAGGAAGGACUGCAAUUUAGCUGCUCAGUUGCUCCAGUGCAGCAAGAAUUACGACAGGGCACAUAAGCUUUCGGAGUUGCCAUCUGACUUUCAGGAACGAGUCAGCAUCCAUCUGGAAAAACAUGGAUGCAGCCUUUCUGUCCCCUUGUGCCACACAUCUUACGCUGAUACCAUACCCACUUGCGUCAUUGCCAAAGUACUGGAAAAACCAGAUCCAAACAGCUUGUCUUCACACUUGUCAAGCCCAUCUACAAGGGAUCUCAAUUUUCAGGACUCUGCCGGAAAACUCGGACAACGGCCCCAGUACAAGUCAGACAUCUACUGCAGUGACACUGCCCUUUACUGCCCCGAGGAGAGGAGGAGGGAGAGGAGGCAGAGUGUGGACACACAAGUGAAAGAUGUGGGGUUCCUGCGGUCCCAGAACUCCACAGACAGCACCGUCGAAGAAGACGGUUUCCAUUCCAGCUUCUCUCAUGAAGCCUUCCCAGAGUACAUUACCUCUCUGCCGACCUCCAGCUCCUAUUCCAGCUUCAGCGUCACAUCUGAGGAGAAGGAGAAUGCCCAAGCCAACACUCUGACAGCCUCUCAGCAAGCGAUCUACAUGAGCAACCGAGACGAACUGUUUGAAAGAAAGUCACCUGCAGGUUACGAGCAUCAGGGAAGUCCUAGGUUUGCCAAGUCCAAACCUGCGCAGCACAUGGAGCUUGCUGAUGACAACGAGAACUCACCCACUUUCACUAGGACUCUGCCUCCAUAUGCAAACGAAUCUUUUCAUUUCUCAGCCAUAACACCACAGCAGGCUUUAGCGAAUCAGAAAAUGAGGAACGAAUGCAGGAGCACCCACCUUUCAGAAGAAGACUUGCCUGGGCGAUGGAGGCAAUUGAGCGUGGAGGAUAUUGGUGCGUACUCUUACAGGAACGCUGGUAGGCUGUCGCCCUGUAGUUUUUCAGAGCAGUACUACAGCAGCCCUAUUAAGAAGGGAGAGAGUCGAACAAGCCCCAUCUAUGCUAGUUACAAAGCAGAUAGCUGCUCAGAGGGAGACGAUAUCUGCCAAAGCAGACUUGUGGAUUCUUGCUUCCUGAGAACAGACAGUGGCCUGAAUAUUGACAUCAGCACUAGCUGUAAACAGGACAAAUUGCCCACUUACAAAACGAAAGAAUCAAGAGACCAAAAAAAUGAAAGGAUCACCGUCCAGUUAUGCAGUAGCAAAACCAUCGAAAAUAGCCCAGUAUUGAAAAGAGAAUACGUGGACGUGAGCCCCAACAGCUCAGCGGAGUCCCUCAAUCAGAGUUCAAUGGAGGCUUCAGAAAUCCACCAGUCUUCCAUGGAGCAAGGAAGCCAUUCGGGUAUUCACAGCAAACAGCAGCAGUUUCAACGGACUGGGAGUACUGGUUUGAGUCGGAAGGACAGCCUUACAAAAGCACAAUUAUACGGAACCCUUCUGAACUAG